AUGACCCCCGCCUGCAGUACAACAAAUGGAUGUUCUCAUCCAACCACCUUAAUUUUCAAUUUCCCCUCUUCACCACAGGCCUCCAUAUGGUUGUACAGUUUAUCCUAUCCUCCACUGUGCUCUACUUUGUCCCUUCGUUACGACCGCAUGACGCAUCCAUAUCUUCCCCCUUCCAUCGCCGGCCAGCAGCCGAAGCCCCUGAUGUCGAAGCAAUUCUACUUAUCAAGACUGGUUCCUUGUGGCGCUUCCACAUCUCUGGAUGUUGGAUUGGGGAACAUGUCUCUCCGAUUCAUCACCCUCACAUUCCUAACCAUGUGCAAGUCGUCCUCCCUUGCAUUCGUCCUCCUCUUUGCGUUUCUCUUUCGUCUGGAGAACCCCUCUCUAAAGCUCAUCCUCAUCAUCGGCACCAUGACCAUAGGGGUUGUAAUGAUGGUUGCAGGAGAGGCAGCCUUCAACGCACUCGGCUUCAGCCUCAUCAUUGCAUCUGCAUUUUUCUCGGGAUUCAGAUGGGGCCUGACCCAGAUCCUCCUCCUCCGACAUCCUGCAACCGCAAACCCUUUCUCCAUGCUCUUCUUCCUCACCCCGAUAAUGUUCGUGUGCCUCACAGCCCUCGCUUUUGCCGUCGAAGGACCCCUGGCUAUCAUCAAGGGUAUUUAUAACCUGACAGCCCAUGGACUUUUGCGUGGUGUCGGCAUCCUCGUCUUCCCCGGUUGCCUAGCUUUUUGCAUGAUCGCCUCGGAAUUCGCGCUCCUCAAGCGCUCCUCCGUUGUCACCCUAAGCAUCUGCGGCAUCUUCAAGGAAGUCAUCACCAUCAGCGCCGCCGGCAUCGUCUUCCACGAUCCAUUGACCCCAAUCAACGUUUCUGGCCUCAUCAUCACUAUAGGCGCUAUUGCCUCUUACAACUAUAUGAAAAUCACGAAAAUGCGCCGCGAGGCCCGUCUCGAUGUUGCCGAGAGCGUCAAUCCCACUGACGUCGACUCAGACGAGGAGGAGUCAAUAAUACCCUCCGCCAGAAGCAAUCCGUUCGUCAGUAAUGACACCAAUAGCAACACUACUACUUCCACUACUACUAUUCAUCAUCAUAAAAAUAAUAACAUCGGUAACACUAAUCUAUCAACUCGCCUCGGCCUCUCUCGCCACACGUCACCAACCAACAAGGAUGGGAAAUAUAUCCCCGUAGACACCAACAUCCCAACAGACGUAAAUACCCACCUGGGCCCCAGCGGCCCCAGCGACCCCAGCGAAGAUCGUGGGCGCCACUCCAUCCGCGCCAGGGUCGGUGGAACAACAGGCUUGGGUUUGUUCUCGUACCUUGUGGCCGCAGUGUCUGUCUUCUAUUUUUGA